CACGGAGUGGAUGGAGAAUGUGGUGUGGCUGUCAAGUCAAGAAUGAGGAAAGGCUUUCAAGUUCAGUGAACAAGCCCAGUGCGCACAGACCACGCACGUCAAGUCGGCUCCGUUACUCUCCAGCCAUGGGAACUCUUUUAGGCCGGCUAGUAGUACUGUUUCUCUUUUUGUCAUCGGUAUCAAACGUUCUCGGUUCCAACAUCUGCACAUCACAAGGAGUCACCACUUGUCAACAGUGUCUGGCCGUUCAUCCCACCUGUGCAUGGUGCUCUCAGGAGGAGUUUGGGAAGGGGAGAUCCAGUGUGUCUCGCUGUGACCUGAAGCAGAACCUGCUGAAUGAAGGGUGCAGUAAGGCAGCACUGGAGUUUCCCUCCAGCACUCUGACUAUUCAAAAGGAUGCACCGCUCAGUGACAGGGCCUCGGGUACAGCUGACGACGUUACUCAGAUAAAGCCUCAGAAACUCUAUAUGUCACUGAGACCAGGUGAUGCCCAGCGUUUCACUGUGUCAGUGAAACAGGUGGAGGAUUAUCCAGUGGACCUCUACUAUCUGAUGGAUCUUUCAUAUUCAAUGAAGGAUGAUUUGGCUCGCCUUCACACCUUGGGCAAUGAGCUCGCUCUGACCAUGGGCCGCACCACAAGCAACCUACGUAUGGGGUUUGGAGCCUUUGUGGACAAGACCACAUUACCAUACAUGUUCAUGUACCCUCCGGAGGCAAUCAAAAACCCUUGCUAUGGAAUUGAUGAGACAUGCCAGGCUCAGUUUGGGUUCAAGAAUGUGCUGUCCCUGACAGAGAAGGUAGCUCGUUUCACUGAGGAAGUGGGCAAACAGCAAGUGUCUAGAAACAGAGAUGCUCCCGAGGGUGGAUUAGACGCUGUCAUACAGGCUGUGGUUUGCAAGGAGAAGAUUGGCUGGCGUCCUGAUGCCUCACACCUACUGGUGUUCACAACUGAUGCCAUAACUCACAUUGCUCUGGAUGGACGCAUAGCUGGCAUUGUCCAGCCCAGUGAUGGACAGUGUUACCUUGAUAAUAAUAACAUUUACAACAAAUCUACUGUGCUGGACUAUCCAUCCUUGGGACUUUUGACUGACAAAAUGUCUGAAAAUAACAUCAAUUUAAUUUUUGCCGUGACCGACAAUGUGUCGUCCCUAUACAAGGAGUAUAGUCAGCUCAUUCCAGGCACAACUGUCGGUAUGCUGACUGGUGACUCUGGCAAUGUUAUUCAGCUCAUUGAGCAGGCCUAUGCGAAAAUUCGUUCUAAAGUGGAGCUAGAGCUACUUGGAGUGCCGGAGGAGUUGAAUCUCUCCUUCAAUGCCACUUGCGUGAAUGGAGAGAUCAUCCCUGGACUCAAGUCCUGCACUGGCCUCAAGAUCGGUGACACAGUGUCAUUCAGUGUGGAGGCUCAGUUGCGGGGCUGUCCUAAAGAGAAGAGCCGCACUUUUACCAUUAAACCUCUAGGCCUCAAGGAUUCCCUGGAGGUCACGGUGAACUUUGCCUGUGGUUGUGACUGUGAGGCAAAGGCACAGGUUAACAGCCCCUUCUGCAACAAUGGAAACGGGACAUACGAGUGUGGUGUGUGUCACUGUCACCAGGGUCGUCUGGGCCCACGGUGCGAGUGCUCAGUGGAGGACUACAGUCCAUCUGAUGAUGCCAACUGCAUACCAAAGACAGACAGCCCACUCUGCAGCGGGAGAGGUGACUGUUUGUGUGGACAGUGCUCCUGUCAUGCCAAUGAGUUUGGUCAGGUGUGGGGAAAGUACUGUGAAUGUGACGACUUCAACUGCUUGCGCUUCAAAGGGGCACUUUGCUCUGACAAUGGGAAGUGUAGCUGUGGCAUCUGCCAGUGUGACGCUGGCUGGAAAGGAGAAAGCUGCAACUGCACCACACGCACAGACACCUGCAUGUCUAGCAUCGGCCUGCUGUGCAGCGGCCGGGGUAACUGUGAGUGUGGGGUUUGCCAGUGCACCCAGCCUGGUGCGUAUGGAGCCACCUGCCAGAAAUGCCCAACCUGUCCUGAUUCCUGCACUAUAAAAAAGGAAUGUGUUGAGUGUCAGCACUUCAAGAGAGGACAGUACACAGCAGACAACAGCUGCAACAGAAUCUGCAAAGAUGAAAUUAAAGUAGCGGAUAAGCUAGAAACUAAAAAUGCAGUGAAUUGCUCAUACAAAGAUGAGAAUGACUGUGUGGAGUAUUUCCAGUACUAUGAAGAUGAAAGUGGCAAAUCCAUUCUGUAUGUGAUAAAAGAGCCAGAGUGUCCUCAGGGUCCAGACAUCUUAGUGGUGCUCAUGUCGGUGGCCGGGGCCGUUCUGCUUCUGGGCCUUGUUGGCCUGCUCAUCUGGAAGCUGCUGGUCACCAUCCACGACCGCAGAGAGUACAAGAAGUUUGAGGAGGAGAGAGCCAAAGCUAAAUGGGAUACGGCUAACAAUCCUUUGUAUAAAGGAGCCACCUCCACCUUCACCAACGUAGCAUACCGAGGCAACUAACAGCUAAAUGCAACGAAAAAACUCAGGGGCUAAGGACAAGGGCACUGUAUCUUGUAGCACAGACACGGGUGGGAAGAAAAUCCUUUAUGCUGUCACAUGACCAGCUACUGUAGCUGAAACUGACUGUAGUUACUACUGUCAACAACAUGAUGUAACAGUUGUACAUACUGUAAAAAAAAUAAGUAAAAUUGUUAAUACACAUCACAGAUGGCUGGUUGCACUUAAACUUUAUGUUUUUACACUGUGUCAUGUCAACAGCACUCUCUACAGUACGUAUUGUACAUGCUAUCAAAAAUGUGUUCACAAACAAACAUCUAUACUGUCAGGGUCUGUUACUUUUGUGGUUUUCUUAGGAUGCUUUUCUACGACUGCAAUCUUUUUUAAAAAAAUUUUUGUGUGUUUCUUUUAAUUUUUUCUCACAUUUUAAGAUUGAAAUUUGAAUCAUUAAGUUGUCAUAAAAUAUGUGAACAUAAUGAGGUCUUCUUCAUGUCUUCCACCAUGUUUUGUUGUAUUAUUUAUACCUAAAUAAAUAUGCUUUCAUUUCCUCUAAAAGUGCAGCUGCAGCCUAUUUUAAAGGUGCACUAACUAAGAAGGUACACAGCCUGAUAAAUGGGACAGUGGUGUCUGAGCUAUACAACCCCCUCCAUGGCUCUCUGUUGCAUGCGGUGCUUCUGUUGUUAUUCCAGCUUCUCUACACUGUGUUGUCAAAAUGCAGUCUGUAAAUUAGCUCCACCUCCCAUUUAGCCAAGGUUAUAAGAAGCAUUUUUCCAACUGUGAAUAGUCAUUCCAAACAGCCAGCCACAGAGAAGCUCCUGGCAGCUAAAAGUCUGAAACAGUGGCUGCCAGACUGAAGAGGUUGCGUUCUUUUAUACAGAGAGUGGGAUAAAGAAAGAGCAAAAGCAAGGUAAGAUAAAGAGUGUUAAAAGCAGCCAAAGGAUUCAAAUUUAAUUCAGAUGUGGCAUUCUUUCUGGAUGCAUUAGCAUCUAAAACUAAUGAGAUUGUUUUGAUAACAUCAGCAACUUAGCA